AUGAUUAAUUAAAAGUUGAUCAACAAUACAUAUAACAUCAAAAAGAGAAUAUCCUCUGGUUCUUUUGGAGUUGUUUAUUUAGGACAAGACAUAAACACUCGAAAUUUUGUGGCGAUAAAAGUAGAUAAGGAAAAAAAAGAGGAGUCUAGUCUUCAAAGAGAAGUAGGAAUCUAAAUUUGCAUUUAUGUUAGGCUGAGAUUUUGAAGAGACUUUAGCAUUUGAAACACAUUCCAAAAUUAUAUUGGUCAGGAAAAGAAGGCGAUUCAACCUAUCUGGUAUUAUAAUAUCUAGGAAGAGACUUGACGCAUUACAUAAGAAAUUACCGAAAAUUUUCUUUAAAAUGUGUUCUUAAUAUAGCAGAACAAAUGAUUAUAAUCUUAGAAAGUUUACAUAAACAGUAUUAGUUUGUGUUUAAUUUUUAGCAAUGUGAUUCAUAGAGAUAUAAAACCAGAAAAUAUCUUGGUUGGAAAGGAGGAUGACGAAAAUCAACUCUUCAUUGUAGAUUUUGGAAUUAGUAAGUUCUAUAAAGAGUAAAACGAGUCACAUAUGUAAGAUAUCUUUUACUAAUAGUUAGAUCUUUUAAAGAAAAGUAACCUUUUAUCGGAACUACUCGAUAUGCAAGUAGCAAUGCUCACAAAAGAAUAUCGCUGAGUCGAAGAGAUGACAUGGAAUCCUUAUGUUACAUGCUGAUCUAUCUAAUAAAAGGUAUUGAUUGAUGAAAAAGAUUUAAAGGUUAAUUGCCAUGGCAGAAUGUUCAAUUUACAUCAGAAGAAGAUAAAAUAAAUUAGGUUGGCCAAAUGAAAAUGAGAAUAGAUUCAAAUGAAUUGUGCUAGGGAUUACCCAUAGAAUUUGCUAUUUAUUUAGAUUAUGUGAAAGGAUUACAUUUCAAGUUAGAGCCUAACUAUAAAUAUUGUCUAUCGUUGUUCAGAAAGGUUUCAAAAGAACACAAUUUUUCAUCGAGAGAUCUUAUUUUUGAUUGGGUAAUUUCUUAGAAAUCUGAGAGAGAUGGGUAAUCAUCUGAAAGGGAUGGGCAAAUAGCUGAGAGCAAUCCUUUUAAUAGCAAACCUUCCUUGUAAUUAUUAAAAAUAAAAUACUUAGAUUUAAAAAAUCAAAAGAUGAACCUUUAGGUUCAUAAUUAAAUUAAUCAAUUGAAUAAGAAAAUAACUAAUUACGAAAAAUGCCAGAUAAAAAGAGAUGUACUCUGACACCAGAGAUCAAUAGAAAAAAAAAUAGACUAUUGUCUAUUAACAGUAACAAUGAUACUGUUUCAGAUAAUGACUUCAAUAAUAGUAUUAUGAUUGGAAUACAACCAAGUAUACUAAGUAGACUGAGCAAGAUCUCUUUUAAUUCAAACUCAAAAUUCUAAAAUAGUAUAACAAAUAAUUCAGUAACACCAAAUGUUAAUCAGUUUAAUCAUCUCCUUUCAAUUUCUCCGGAUUCUGAUCUAGAGAAUAUUCUUAAUGAAUAUCAACGAAAAUCUCAAACAAUUCAGCCAUAUAAUCAAAUUCUAAACGAAGAUGAUACGACUAUUGAAUUCCAGACGAUGAAUGAAGGAGAUGAAGGAAUAGAGCGGAAAUAUAUAGAGCUUAAACUUCGUUUUAUAAGAGCGUAUGUAAAUUUCAUAUAUUAUAUAGUCGUUUUAAACCUAGACUAAACAGUAGCCUAAAAUGA